UGAAAUAGGAACAAGGGAAACAGUUCCGGAUGAGGGCAUUUUCAUGUUUCAGAUUUAUUGCGAACUGAAACAAAUUUGUAAGCUAAACAAGCAACUCGUUGACCGGCUUCCCUACAUGUCUUUGGCAACAAAAUAGACUGCAUACAUACAGAAUUUAAAGCAGGCUGCGUGAGAUUGCGAGGGAAAAUGACGAAUUUCUUGGACAUUCAUGCAGAGUUAGCCUCCAUCAUGGACAUUUUGGCAAAGUCUGCGGUGGCUGAAAUCAGCAGACUCGUGGACGAUGGUGCCGCGUUGUUACGGUUGGAAAUUUCUCGGAGCCACAGGGAGAUUGCAGUGCUGAAGAGGAACCUUCAGCUGAAGGAGAGCGAGCUGCAGACCGCGCGACGACUCCAAGAGCGUUUUUCGCAGGGUCGGUCCCUUUCUGUUCCGGUUUGUAGCGUACAAGGGACUGAGAGAGGUGAAUUACUUAUGUUGAACCUCUUGGGAACGCUGAGUGGCUCAUGUAUGGACUUAUGUUUGUUACUGGUGAUACUCUAGCGUGAACGGUCUCCCAUUGCAGAGAAAGUUCUUAGUCAGGAGUGGAGCUUCAGACUAAGAAGAGGAGAACAAACAUGUGUGCAAGAGGUGGACAUGCCUUUACAGUCCAGCAUCAUGAGGAACCAGCAUGCAAACAUGGAGAAGGUCCGGCCUGAACCAGUACUUAUUAAGGAGGAGAGACUGGAAGACAACAGUGACCCACAGCCCACACCUGGAGGAGAGGAACAGGUAGUGCAGCCCACACCUGCUGCAGUGGAACAUGACAAUGAGCCCACACCUGUGGAACAUGGGAAGAAACAGGAAAAAGAGCCCAUACCGGUGGGAGACCCAGAGGAGCUGAGUGAGCAGCACAGAUGUGAACACGGUGAUAUGGAGUUCAGUGGACUGGAGUUUGUGGUGAAGGCAGAGCAAGAGGAAGAGCAUGUAGCCCAGAGACUCAGUCAGACAGGAUGUGAACACAGUGCAGGAAGACUCAACAAUCUGGACUCUGAGUAUGUAAUGUAUGAGAGAGACAGUCAGCUGUGGACGUCCUUUACACAAGAGGACAGUGACAUAGAAACUGAUGAUCCAGUUUGUUCUGACACUACAGAACAGUGCUCACGGAUUUUAUCGGUUCACACACAGCUACAGAACUCUCUUGCCCCCGUGGAAGUAUCUGGAAAAAUGCUGUCCUCUUUCGGAGUGGGUGCGAAGUCGUCUGUGUCUGUUCGCAGCGAGGAGCUCAGGUCAGAGGUCAUUCACAGACCGCAUGGUCAGCGCAGAAAGAGACUGGGCUCACCGACCAAUGAGGACGUUGUGUCACAGCAGCAGCAGCCCCAGCCCCAGUUUUCAGAAUUGAACCCCGAUGCCCCCGACAGGGACCGAUAUGCCCCCCAGGCCCGAGCGGAGAUGAGAGGAAAGCCCCACAGGAGGGCGGGGACGGGAGAGAAGCGCUUCAGCUGCGCGCAGUGCGGCAAGAGCUUCACCACCCGCUUCUACCUCAAGAUACACCGGCGCAUCCACACGGGAGAGAGGCCCUUCAACUGCGCGCAGUGCGGCAAGAGCUUCUACUGCACGUCUCACCUGACCUCGCACCAGAGGUCUCACACGGGGGAGAAGCCGUACAGCUGCGACGAGUGCGGAAACUCGUACUCGCACCUGAACUCCCUUAAGCUGCACUACAGGGUCCACGCGGACGAGCGAGAGCUGGGCAGCGCAUGAAUGACGCUGGAGGACGCUGUGCUUAAAAAUGCAGCGCUGCCAUAAGUUCUGGUGGUCGGUUCGGGGGAUGAAUGAAGACCGUUGUUUUUUUUUCCCUCAUCGUUUUGUAAUUUCCAGUCCUUGCUGGAUUUAAUUAAAAAAAAUGACAUCUUUUUGA